AUGAAGCAAGCCCUGGUACGGAAGGAUCUUGACCUUGCAGCUGCGCAGAAGGAGGCUAAGGAGAAGACCGCAAUUGCUGACAAGAAGUUGGCCUCAAUCGGAGCACUGGAGGAAGACAACGCCAAGCUAAAGGCAUCCCUCACCGAGGCCAACAAAGAAGUGACUCGUCUGAAGAAAGGCAAAGUUGAUUUGAACGAGAAGAUUGAAGAAUUCUACCAAAACUUUGAAAAAGAAACUGGACGGGUCGAGACAGGUCUGGACCCCAUCCUUUCCCCUGUCGGUGAUGAAGCUGCUAUGAACGUGCUCCGACUGGAGUCCCGCGUCGCCAACAUCACAGAAACUACCCCCACAUCCCGCAUCUUUAUCCCCAGGCCCGAUCCACCUCUGUCGCCGCACCAGGCCACACACCCACCGCACUCCACCGCCCCGCGCCGCCAUCCACCUGGUCGCCGCUGCCCCCGUGCCGCCAUCCACCUGGCCGCCGCCGCCGCCCCCACGCCGACGUCGAACCGCACUGCCGCUGGAGUCCGGACCACCAACCGCGUCGUCGCCGGAGUCCCGACCUUCAAGCGCGCCGCUGCCGAGCCCAGACCACCAAUGGUGGCGCCGCCGGAGACCCAACCUCCAACCUCAACGCCACCAGGCCCCGAUAACAAAAGCGUGCCAUCACCACCCCCACGACCCGCAUCGCCGGUGCCCCUCCUCCACGGCCGGCGCUCUCCCAACCCGUGGUCGACACACAUCCUCUUCUGCGGCCAGCGCCCUCCCUCCCUGCGGCCGACACGCUCCUUCCCCGCGGCCGACGGGCCUCCAGCUCUGUGGCCGGCGCAGUCCCUCCUCGCUGCAGCUUGCCCCUCCUCCAUGGAUGCCCUGCACCUGCUGCCAAAACUCGUUGAGGUGGUACCCUUAACCCUCGACCUUCAAUUACAGGUCACCAACGACGCUACAAAGAGAAAGGGCCCCGCGAAGUUCAGUUUUUUGAUUUUCUGAAGUUUAGUUUGUUGAUUUUCUGAAGAAAUAGGUUCCUUCACUUGCACUCCUCUAACUAGUCCUGUGUGGUGAUCUCCUCGACUCCUAGGUUCGGCACAAACUGAGAAUUGUAAGCAUCUUUUGAGUUUAUAAUGCUUGAAAUUACAGUACGGGAUUAUAUAACAUUCUAGGUGGAAUUGGUCAAUGUUGUUCCCUGUAGUUGUAUAGUAUCCAGAUCAAUCGUCGAUUCCUAUUCUCUAAGUGAUUUUGA